ACCAAGCACGGAUUUGCGCCGACGACGACGACUUCUCACACCCAACGCUCCACCCUCCUUCCUCGACAACACCGACAACAUGUCUGCCGUCCAGAGCGUCCAGUGCUUCGGCAAGAAGAAGACCGCCACUGCGGUCGCCCACACCAAGCAGGGCAAGGGCUUGAUCAAGGUCAACGGCAAGCCUCUGUCGCUCGUUGAGCCUCAGAUCCUCCGCUUCAAGGUCUACGAGCCUCUUCUCAUCCUCGGUCUCGACAAGUUCGCCGACGUUGACAUCCGCGUCCGCGUCCGUGGUGGUGGUCACACCUCGCAAGUCUACGCCAUCCGUCAGGCUAUUGCCAAGAGCAUCAUCGCCUACUACCAGAAGUACGUCGACGAGCACAGCAAGAACCAGCUCAAGCAGGCUCUUGUCGCCUACGACCGUACUCUCCUCGUUGCCGACAACAGACGCUGCGAGCCAAAGAAGUUCGGUGGUCCAGGUGCCCGUGCCCGCUACCAGAAGUCUUACCGUUAAGCGGUACGAUUUUCAUGGAGUUCACGAAUCAAAAAAGCGCUGGUGUUUGGUUUUGCUGCUGCAUGACUUGGGUUACUUAUGGCCCGUGAUGCCCUGACGGAUACCCAUAUACGGCUUCUGGGGAGGCUAUAGAGUAGUAGUGCCGAAGCUCCAUACCAUUGAGCUCGAGCAAAAGAAUCAAGACAAUUCAUCCCAGCGAUUCUACUUCCUGUGCAGUUCUUCUCACUU